AUGUUUUCUAAUGAAGAAAUCUUUGGAAUUGUUUUCAUCAACCAGAUUUUACUUGGAGUCCUAGGGAAUUCACUCCUCUUUUACCUUUACAUAUUCAAUUUUAUCCAUGGUCGUAGGGGAAAGCCUAUAGACGUGAUUCUCAUCCAUUUGUCCCUUAUCAAUGUCUUGUUACUACUUUCUAAAGGAAUUCCCCAGACAGUUGCACUUCUAGGAAUAAGAAAUUUCCUUGGUGAUAUUGGUUGUAAAAUUAUAGUUUACCUGGACAGAGUGUUUAGGGUCUUGUCUCUCUGCAACACAGGCCUUUUGAGUAGUUUCCAGGCCAUCACUAUCAGUACAAACAUUCCAGUGUGGGUAGUGCUCAAAGCAAGGAUUCAGAAGUACAUCAUCCCUUCCUUUAUCCUCUGUUGGAUCCUCAGUUUACUGACAGAAGGAGCUAUUCCUAUAUAUAUGACUACACUUCUAAAUAGCUCGAGUUUUAUGAACAAUUGGGAUGCGGGCUAUUGGGUUUUCAGUAUUUAUACUACAAAUACUUAUGACUUCAUACUAUGGAAAUCCCUUUAUGAUGCUGUGUGGUGUGUACUCACAACAUGUAACAGUGUAUAUAUCAUAUUUGUCAUGCAAAAACACCACCAGCAAGUCCUUCAUAUUCAUAGUUCCAGCUCCUCCUUUAGAAUGUCCCCUGAGAACAGAGCCACCUCUACCAUCCUUAUUCUUGUGAGCAGUUUUAUCUCUUUUCACUUAGUCAGCUCCAUCUUUUUUUAUAUAUAUAUGUAUUCCAAAUUAAGUAGUUCCUGGAUGAUGCAUGUCUCUGCUUUCAUGACUGGGUGUUUUCCAAGUUUAUGCCCCUUUGUGCUGAUCAGCAGUAUCACCAGGGUCUCUAGGACCUGUUUUCUCAAAAAUGGGAAAAAAUACAUCUCCACAGAUUAUGUUGAUGUCCAAGAAUUUGCUGGAUUCUUCCUCCUCAGCCUGAUCCUCAUUCUAAACAUUUUCAGUUGUAACAAGGAAUUCCCUGUGAAGAUUCCAAUCUUGACCAUCUAA